AUGGAUUGGCGCGGCGAGGUGUUACUGGAAAAGCCGGAGAAUAAAUUGGACAUUGACAAGUACGGCAUCGCAAUUCAUGUGGCGUUCCGGGAAACUGAGCGACUUCGGCGUCUAGAUGAUAAGACUCAAUCCGGUGGUGAGCGCUCAGUAGCGACGAUGCUUUAUCUACUCUCGUUGCAAGAACUCUGUCCAGUGCCUUUUCGCUGCGUGGAUGAGGAU